GCCAACGCUGUUCUUGAAUUAGCUCUACAUUUGAAAGAGUAACUUCCUGAUACGCUCAGCAUAAGUAAUAUCAGAAAAGUUAGUUCCAAACUGUCUACGUAGAUGAUUUACCAACCAAUAAGAUACUGGAAUUUUCCCAAAUCCUUCGAUUCACAUCAUUAGUGAUUAGAUCAUCCGAAUGAAAACAUAUAGUGCAAAAUUUGUUCCCGUUUUGAAAAAACACAAUCACAUGCGACCCGGAACUUCAUAGAAAAACCUAUAUACAAAUCACGUUAUUUGAGUUCAAUUGUUCCAUACAAGAAAAAUAACUUAGAAAUUUUAAAAUGGCCCCAGAAUCAUCUUCAGUAAAAUCUUGUUCCUUGACACUGUGGAAAACUACAACUCGAAAUUAUUCGCGUCCUGGACAUUCUGAAUUUCGAUAUGCUAUAUGUUACUGCUUAACGUUAUUUGUGUGUUCCGUUUUAUCGAGAACGUUCCCUGCUGUGUUAGGACAAGAACCAACUCUUUUUACCGAUUGUGGGGGUACCCUACGUGAUCCUAGAGGGGUUAUUUGGACUCCUAACUUUCCCAAUCCCUACCCAAUACCCAUCAGUUGCAGGUGGAAGAUCGAAGCUCCUGGAAACCAGAUGAUAGCCAUUUAUCUCACGCAGUUCUACAUGCGAGAAGGUCUUCGCGCUACCGAGUACGCUUAUUUUGAGGAUGAGUCUCAGUACAUGGGCAAAACAGAUUUGGGUUUUAUUAGCGCAGACUCAAAAUUUAGCCAACUAGUGACGAACAAGACUAUUCUGGUGUUAGACUUCACUGUAUUGGAACAGGGCAACGUACAUUUGCGGGUUAUUGAUUUGUUUCUUGAUGUUUAUGGAUUUAACAUCACUUACGAGAUGAUCAGCAAAAUCAAAUAUCGAACAGAUCCUUGUAUCAAAAACCACUGUUCUUAUAAUGGAAAAUGUAUUGCUUCUGCAGAUUUUUCUGUCUACCAAUGUCACUGUUUACAAAAGUAUUAUGGAGAGGAGUGUCAGUACUCCCCCGAGUGUGGUCCCGAAGCAAAGUCAAACAUGUGCUUUAAUGGAGGAACGUGUAGGCAUAACAUUGGAUCCAGAAUCCGUGAGUGUAUCUGUCCACCAGGUUAUGAAGGAUCAAAGUGUGAGAAGAGACGUACUGAAGAUUCUUCAGACAGAAACGAAUAUUUCUUAGAAGAAUCGAAGAACUGCUUAAUACUUGGGUGUUCCCACACCUGUAAGAAGUUGUCACUUGCUGGUUACCUUUGCACCUGUCCUACUGGUUACCAACUCGGAAAUGAUUUAAAAACUUGCGAGAAAUCAGGAAGAACGAGAUACUUACUCAGCUUUAAGCUAAUCAACAGAAACUUUGAUCCCCAUCGACGCCAGAAAAACCUCGAAUCUGCGAUAGCAUCUUUGUUCAGGCCAUCAUUGUUAAGAAAAGUGGAAAAUUUGACUGUUUUGUCUUUCAAUUGAUAAAUGUUUAUUCUGCCAAAGAGGAUAUUGCAGUAACAUAUAUCACGUGAGCUGAAAGGAUUAGUAACUGUAUUGUUC